UUUUUUGGCAGAUAUGGCAAUGUGUGCGCAUUCCAGUUUCUGGCUAUAGUUCAUUGCCAUGGCCAGUUCCUCAAAAAAAAGAAGAGCUAUUUCUAUCUUUGACAAAUGACAUAACCGUCAUAACCCAAAAGAUAAACAAACCACAUAACCCAACAUUUUUCGUGCAUGUUUUUGUAAGUUUUUAGUGUCUACCAGGAAAAAAGUACGUUUUUAGCGAUUAUUUCAUAAUUCCUUGAUGCUAUAUUAUCCUCUCUUACGUCUACAUCAGUACUCCAACCAAUUAUCUCUAGUGCUAGUUAAAAACCUUAAAAAAUACACUACUAUGGAGCUCAAACCCCCAGAAUCAGUGUAUUUAAUGACGACAUUAAACAGAAAUGUCUUCGAUAAGCCUUCAACAGUGCCGUUACUUCAUAUAGGCAACACUAAAGUCUCGUCAAUAUUGCCCAUAAUCAAAAAACUCCUUUUGAAGAUGGAAAAUUUCAAGCCAAUAACUCACGACGAUGAUAAAGGCACUUCAAUAUAUUUGAAUCCGGAAAUAAUUAAGAACUGGACAGAUUUACCGGAGGAUGUUAGACAGAGCUUAGAAGAGCUCAAUGUGCAAGUCACAAAUUUCAAACUUGAAGAAAUCACAUUGAAAUAUGAGAAUUUUAGUUCAGAAUCUAUAUUUAAAGCAGUAUUACCUAAAGAUAAAGAAGGGGUGUCAAGUUUCACAAAAGUAGGACAUAUUGUUCAUGUAAAUCUUAGGGAACAUUUGUUGGAUUAUAAAAAUUUGAUAGGUGAAGUCCUGCUGGAUAAAGUGAAAGGCUGCAAAUCAGUAGUCAAUAAACUAAACAUGAUUGACAACACUUACCGUUACUUCCAAAUGGAAGUCCUGAAAGGCACUGACAACAUGCUUACGACUCUGAAAGAAAACAAUUGCAAAUUUGAGUUUGAUUUUUCUACAGUUUAUUGGAAUUCCAGAUUAUGCACCGAGCAUGAAAGAAUUGUGAAAGCUUUAAAUCCCGGAGACAUACUUUUUGAUGUUUUCGCUGGUGUCGGUCCUUUUUCUAUACCGGCCGCCAAAAAAAAUUGUAUUGUUUAUGCUAAUGAUUUGAAUCCUGAAUCGUAUAAAUGGCUGAUACACAACAAAAAAUUGAAUAAAGUAUCUGAUGAUUGUUUUAAGGGUUUCAACUUGGAUGGUAGGGAAUUUAUUUUAAAAAUAAUUAAAGAAAAUUUGAGAAAGUAUGUGGAUAAUAAGCAUCAAAUAGUGGUUACAAUGAACCUUCCAGCUAUGGCUGUUGAGUUUUUAGAUGCAUUUAUUGGAUUAUUUGAGGCCGAUAUAAAUCCUAUAACAUUGUAUGUUUACUGUUUUGCCAAAGGAGAAAAUCCAGAAGAAAUUGCUAGAAAUUUAAUUAAAGAAAAUUUUAAAAUAAAAAAUGUUGAUAUUGACAGCAAAAUAACUGACAUAUUUAGAGUAAGGACAGUAAGUUCUAUGAAAGAAAUGAUGAGGGUCACAUUAAAAUUAGACAGAGAUAUAUUGGUUGGAGUGCCAGAUGAUAAAAAAAGAAAAAGUGAGACUCUAAAUGAAGAUGUACAAUUAAAAAAGUCUUGUAUUGAUAAAAAUGGGCAAGAACAAGAAGAAAAACAACAGUGUGUUCAAAGUAGCAGGAGCCAAGAGUUUAAAAAUGAAAUCCAAAGCUAAAGAAGUGAAGAGUGUUUUGAAAAAUAUAAAACUAAAGACAAAAGAAAAAGUGGUGGAAAUUGACAAAGCUUUAGACGGCCUACAGGAAAAAUUAAGAACAAAAUCUUCAGACAUAAAGGAAAUAUCAAAACCCAAAGCUACUAAUUUACCUAUUAGUACUACACCUACAAAUAAAGAGUCUGAGAAGGCAGAUAAAGAAACUAUUGGAAAAUUGGAAACAAUGCAAUUGUAAUUACAUAUUUUAAUAUAAGUUACCUAGUUGUUGGAAAUAUAUUUAAUUUGUA